CGUAAAACAUCUUUUCUCACCUAUAUAUAUGGAGUACAUCUAUAGAAGUGUACAUGAUAAACUUACUAAAUUUCAAAAACCUAAGUAAACAAGACCAAGAAAAAUGGAGAAGAAAUACUUUGGGAUUUUGCUUUUGUUUCUCUUCUUAUUCGCUUCUGAGAUGAACAUGGUAGUUGAGGUUGAUGGUGCCACAUGCGCAAAACCAAGUAAGUUUUUCAAAGGUGGCUGCUUUUCUGUCAUUUCUGAUUCGGCUUGCAAGAAGGCUUGUAGCCAAGAGAGUUGGCCUAUUGGAAUAUGUGUGCCCGUUUACAGGUGUGAAUGUCGAAGGGAUUGUUAAACUAUGCGCGCUCCUCAAUCCUCAUCUAUGAAGUACUUACUUGUGAAAUGUGAUGAUGCAAUAAAUCAAUAAUUUAUCAUCCAAUACUAAUAUAGAAUAAAUGGUUGUUAGGAUGAAUUCUAAGUCUCUUUUGAGUUGUACUGUACUUUCUAGUUACUUGUAAAUGAAAGAUUACCAUAUAAAUCUCAGUACUUUUUUUUUUU